GAGAACUAAAACUGUGCGCGUCUUCUCUGACGCGUCUUAUUUUGAAGGCAGAAGGUUCACGCUGUCAUAUCAAUUUGAUGCCUGCAUACGUGUCGACGCUUUGGAUUAUUAUUAUGUUGUUACUCUCUCACACUCACCCAUAAACAACUAGACCGGGGCGGUUCUCCAGAGUUAAUGGUCCAUGAAUACACUUUCAAAAUGAAUCUUAGUAUCGGUCGAGCCCCCCCUUUUUGUGACUGAGUGGCUCUUCAGUCAUGACAGGGCCAAGGCCUACAUCAGUCAGGUGGGUUCAGGACGACUCAUCGCAGGAAUGGACCGGGGUCUUGUGGGCAUGUGUGUGAACGAGCGGAGGAGGAUCACCGUCCCCCCACACCUGGCGUACGGGAGCGUCGGAACAGGUGGUGUGAUCCCUCCCGACGCCGUUUUGGUCUACGACGUUCUCCUGCUGGACCUCUGGAACACGGCGGAUCGAGUCCAGAUCCGAACGCUUCACAGGCCACAGGGAUGCAACCGCACCACCGCCGUGUCGGAUUUCGUGCGGUACCACUAUAACGGGACUCUUCUGACCGGUGAGGUCUUCGGCUCCAGUCACUCCAAGAACAUGACCUACGACACGUACUUGGGUCAGGACUACCUGAACAAAGGCAUGGAGGAAGGCCUCCUCGGCAUGUGUGUUGGAGAGAGGAGGGUUAUCAUCAUCCCACCCUUCCUGGCUUAUGGAGAGACUGGACUGGGAAGUCAGAUUCCUCCCCAGGCCUCACUCAUUUAUGAGGUCCUGUUAGUGGAUGUCUUCAACCCUAAGGACGACGUGACCAUAGAGGUGAAGGAGAGACCAGUAGGCUGCACUCGCACCACAGUCUCAGGAGACUACGUCCGCUACCACUACAACGGCACGUUCCAGGACGGGACGCUGUUCGACUCCAGCUACUGGAGGAACAGCACCUACAACACCUACGUGGGCGAGGGCUAUGUGAUCAAAGGGAUGGACAAAGCUCUGGUGGGACUGUGUAUGGGUGAGAGGAGGAGGGUCAUCGUUCCUCCUCAUCUGGCCUAUGGGGAAAAUGGAGUCAGUGGCCUCAUCCCGAGCUCGGCUGUGCUGGUUUUUGACAUCAUCGUGGUCGACUUUCACAACCCCAAAGAUCCAGUGGAGAUCAGAAGCAGACACAAACCUCAAGAGUGUCACACGAUCAGCGAGGCAGAUGACCUCCUCCAGUAUCGCUACAACUGCUCCCUGAUGGACGGGACCCUGCUGUACUCCUCGGAUCAUUCCGAAACACCGUCCGUCACCACGCUGGGAGCUGAUCAGGUGAUCCACGGCCUGGAGCAGGGCUUGAGCGGCAUGUGUGUGGGCGAGAGGAGAGAGGUGGUGGUGCCGCCGCACUUUGCACACGGUGAAAACGGAGCUGGCAGUGUUCCCAGCAAUGCAGUGCUCCUCUUCCAGCUGGAGCUGAUCGAUCUGCAGAAAGGUGUUCCACCAGGCUUCAUGUUUGUUUGGCUUGAAGACAGCCCCGAGCCGCUCUUCCCAUCCAUGGACCUCAAUAACGACAGAGUCGUCCAGUUGCAGGAGUUUUCAGACUUCAUCAUGCUACAGGUGAAAGAGGGCAAAGGUCGACUGCGGCCAGGAGUGGAUGCUGGCAGCAUCAUCGCAGACAUGUUCAACAAUCAGGACCGUAACAGAGACGGCUACAUUUCCCCCGAUGAGGUGGAAGUGCAGACGGACGAGACGUUGGACGCACAAGGACGAGACGAGCUGUAGCCAAGAGCAGGCCGGCGUCGACACGCACGUUUGUCUUGCACACCUGUGUGUGUGUGGACUGAUGACCAAACUGUGAAUGAGCACUUGACUACCUAGGUUUGGGGCAGGGCCCUCUCUGGAAUGUUAAAUUAAAAAAAGAGAUUUUAUUGACGAAACCUUUCUCGGUUGUUAAGAACCACUGGUCGUACAGUUGACGGAGGGUACAAAGCUGUCAGUAUUUUAAUGUAAAGUAAUAACAGACGGUAGUUUUUUAAAGUAAAAAUCCUACGCAGACAAAGCUAUGAGGAAAAUAUGAUCCAAACUUGUUGAUAUGUUUUAUUUCACAUCAGAUGAGGUAAGCAAAACGUGACGUAAAGGCCUUUAAAACUGUGUGAGGGAGCAGGUUCACUCCUCGGUGGGAUAGCAAGUGUGUUGUGUUAGGAUUUGACAUUCUAAAAUCGAAAGAGCCUCAGUUGCAGUCAGUGAGUCAGUCUUACAAAUGUACAGAGAUCAGUCUCCUGUUACAGUGUCACUGAUGUACAUGAAUAAAACCACGAGAUAAAACAAGAGACAACAUUCUGUUGGCUCCAGAGUUGGGUUGGACAGCCAGGCAACAUGGAGGAGUGCAAUGGUUACUAGAGUGAACCCUUGUGCGACCGGCAAAUAAGACCAAGCCUUGUGAAGAGUGAUGGCUGUUAGCUCGGAUGGAACCGACAUUCUCACACAGCCACUGUGGCGGUGGACGGAGCAAAUGUCAAAUGAGAAAACACACGACUAACACGAACAUAAACUAGGAGAACUCAAGGAAACGCAGAUGAGAGGAAAUAAAAAGGAAAUGCGCGCCGGGGUGAGAUGUGAGCCGUGGUUACCGGUCAUUUGUUGCCAGUGAGGUAGAGCAAGACCGCAUUCGGGAUGUCAAGGGUCUCGUCUUUCACCAGGACAAUGUCGUACGAGUCCAAGUAUGACUGCCUCCUCUCCUCCACCUGCAAACAUAACCAUUCCUGAAUGUAACUGUCUCAGCAGAGCGCAGGUAAAACCAGAUCAUUUCUGAGCCUCACAUUGGUUCCAGCUCAAGCCAGGCAGUAAGGGGUUAAUUCACCGGGCAAUCUGCAGCCUGUGUGUGGCCCUCAUGUGGUCAAAACUGCCACUGCAACCUUUUUGAUCAAGUUAUCGUAUCUAAAUAUUGCUCAAAAAAUCAUGUAUUUAUUCAGUGUUUCAUUGACCUUUUCAUUGUACAAUGAAUUUAUGGCUGUCAUUUUCACUUCUUUUUUCAAAUACUAUUGAUCUUUUCAUGGUUAUUAUAAUUUAUUGUCCUUUUUUUUCAUAGUC